GAUCUUCACAGUUUGUAUUGUUUAUUCAUCCUGAAUUUUUAUUCCAGUGUAGAAAUGGCUGAUUUGGACAAAAACCCUGAACUGGAGACAGAGCAAUCAGAGCCAGUGGCCUCCUGCAUCAGUCAGGAGCUUCUGGAGAAAGACAGCAUGCUGAAUACAAUGCAGGAGGAAAAGGAAGAGAUGGCUAAAAAGUUAAGAGAGCUUGAGGAGUAUAGAGAGAGAAUGGAAGAGAUCAGAAAGGCAGAGCAGAGAAAUAAUCUGCGUGAAGAAAUGCAGAGAGCUCUCGCAGAUUUUAAGCAGGAACAGAUGGAGAGAGAUCGAGCUAAUCAGACGCUCUUGGAGGAUUUGAUGAGGACGCUAAAGAAUCUGAAAGAAGCUCAGGCUCAAAGAAAUAAAGAGAAAGACACAAAAGCGAGAGAUAGAACAGACGACAAGAAUAAGGUAGUUACUCUGAAGUUGGGGGACGUGGAAACCAUGUUUUAUGUAAACAGAGAGCAGCAGGACAGAGAGGAGGCCGAGCUGGAGGACGAGAGGAUACAAGAGCUUGAGAAGGAAAACCAGAGACAGAAUGAGCUCGGAAAGAUGGAGCUGAAUAAUCUGCAAGAAAACAUGCAGAGAGAAUUUAGAGGAUUAAAGAAAGAGCUGGAGGAGAGAGAAAUGGUUCACCUGGUACAGACAGAGGGAUUACUGACAAAGAUAAAGAAUCUGGAGCAAAACCAGUCUCAGAUAGAAGAAGGUCUGUCUGAUGCUAUGAUGGACUCAGAAAAGCAGACUGGAGAGAUGGAGGAGAAAGACAACACGAAGGCAGAAGAGAAUGAGGAGCAACUCAUCCUGAAGGUGCGAGAGCUGGAGGAGAGGAACGCUGCACUUCUGCAACACAUCUGUGAGCUCCAGGAUAACAUCACACUCUUUGUGGAACGAGAAAUGAUAGCCGAGUCGACGAUACAGGUCUUAGAGAAAGACAAAAUGGACCGAAUGAAAGAGAGAGAGAUCUGGAUGAAGCAGAGAAUGUUAUGGGAGGAGGCAUCAGAAAGAUGGGAGAUAGACAGAAAGCAGAUGGAGGAAGAGAAAGAGAGAUGGAAGAAAGAAAAAGAGUGCUGGGAGAAAGAGAAAGAGUGCUGGGAGUAUAUUAAGCAGAACUGGCAGAAAGAGAGAGAGAACAGAACGAAAGAGAAAAAAGCCUGGGAUGAAGAGAAAAAGACAUAUCUGAAAGAGAGACGUUACAUGAGAACUGCGUACGGUCCUAUGUGGUUUUAG